AUGAUGCCCGCAUUCAUUCGAGCAAUUUGGUGGCCAGACGCGGCUACGAAAAGAGAGGAGGCUCUAGACACGUUCCUGCGCAUGCAACUUGCUGCUUUGUCAAAGCCCAACACACAGGAUGACUGUGCUUGGCUAUACUGCUGGUGGCAACAUGGCUUCCGGUAUGUUGGCAUGGCGCGUGCCCGCCGUGCCGAUGCUUGCAUGUCUGGUGGCCCUCUAUGCCGUUUCGUGGAACACCUGUCCCUCCGGACUCGGCCGCACCCCAGGGAUGCUCAGAAGCUCCGCUACAGGCGUGCGCGAUCAUACAGCGGCGGUUCUUUCUGGUGGCUCCCUGCUUUUGUGGGUCGCACUGCCCAGGUUGCUGCCAUGGAACAGCUCGAGAUCAAACUGCACUUGCCGAAUGCCAAUGGUCCCGCACGGGCAGGCAUGCUUGACAAACCUUGCAAGGUUCAGCGCAAGCGCCCUCCUCGCUGGCGCCGCCUGCGCUGCAGUGGGAGGGCUCCUCCUGCGCAUGCUGCUUGGGAAGGGCACAUCGGCGGUUCCCAGCUAACAAAAGGAAUGGCUUCAUUCGAAUCCGCUGAUGCGGACCUCUCACAAUGGUCCUUUUGCCAAGCAUACAGGCAUACACAGCGGUGCCAGAUGGGUACGGAAGCAACCAUGGGACCUCUGAGCAUUUAUUCGCCGGCUAUGCAGCAGCUCUUCCUCCUAUGGGCUGCUGCGGGCAACGAGAUCGAUUGGGGCCUACUGGAGAAAUGCUGGAAAGUGCCUUGUGGACCUGUUGCUUUGGCAAAGCUAUGCCACAUGGUCAAGGGGCCUUUGCGCCUCAGCCAUGGCUUGCAUCGUGUGGAGAAAAACUGGGACGUUCCCCGCUUCCUCGAGAAUGGCGACCUGCAGGCAAUGUUCAGAAAAUGCGUAGGGAAGGCCUUUGCUAAGGUCACUGCUUGCAGGCACCUCGGUUGUCAAGCUCUCCCACGGAGGGCACUUCAACAAUACGAUGAGAGGCGAAGAGCAUGCAAGCAAAGCUAUGAUGCGCACACCAGAGAGAUGAGCUUUGCGCCAGGUUGCUCCAUCAUCCCAGACGACAAAUGCAAGAAGUAUGCCUGGAGGAUGUCUCAGGACGCCUACCGCUUCCUGCUGGCCUACUUCAUACUCCUAGCUGCAAACUGGCAGCUGACCGCAAUGAGUGUUACUGAGGCCAACGAGUGGUGCUAUGACAUGAUCAUAGCUUUGCUGCCUAAGCACCUCAUCGGCUUCCUGGGCAUGAGCCGCAGACCGUGGAUCCUGCCCUACUGUUACGCGAUGAUCAAGGCCAAGUGCUUCGCGCCGCAUGGACGAACCUGCAUGUCCGCAGGGCAUUCCUGCGUGCGUAAGGUCAUCAGCUUCGCAACAUGGCCGAAGAAAUCCUGUUGGCGCAUGGUAUCGAGAGGACUGCAGAUUGCUUUGCAGCGUGGGCCUGACAACUGGCAAGUGUGGAGUUUGCGGGACGCCCCGGCCAUUCUUCGGAGGAAGUUGUCAAACCUGUCUAUGCCCGGCGACCCUCACGUGUGCAGCAGAUGUGGCGGUCCAAAGUCGCAUUUGGAAGCAACGGUGCACGACGCGGGCCAGUUCUUCGAAUGUGUCACGGUGACAGAUGCACUCCAAGCUGCGCACGGGGUUCUACAGCUGACUGCCCAGCACACAGGUUGUUUCCAUGCCUGUGUUUUUCGCAAAAAGAAGAAAGCUGGUUUCCUGUCGACUCACAGCUUCAGGUUCCUGCCGAGAAAAUUUCGCUGCUUUGACUUUCAGGAGCUGUUCUUAGUAUUUGCUGCUGCUAUUUCAGUGACAUACGUCUCAGCUGGCUCUCGCGUGGUGAAGCUUUCAACAUUGUCCAUCGGUGGCAUCAUGUCCAUGAUUGCUUCUGCAAUGGUGCUGUGCCUCAGUGAACACAAAUGGUUGCAACGCCGUACUGCCUGGGUUGCAGCUGGGUUCUCUGAUUCCCUGCCUUGGAAUGAGCAAGUUGCGGCAUUGAGAUAUGUCGAUGACUUGCUGCAAGUCAGUGCCAUGUAUUGUGCGGGUUGCCUUGCGAGAGUGCCAGAGGUAGUGUACCAGGUGCCUUUCAAAUUAGCGGAAUCGGGCAGGGCCGUGACAUGGAUCGAUCUGCGCCUAGACUUGGACCCCCUCAGCGUCAGCGUGGCGCAGAAAACAUUGACAAUCAAACCACCAUGGGCAGCGAAAUCAGGAUAUGUGCGCUCCUGGUUAUGUGGGCGAUUUGCCAGAUGGCAACAAGUGGGCUUAUCUAAGGAGAUGACUGCUGCAGAGACCACACGUGCUUUUUGGGAGUUACUUUUGCAGGGCUCUCGAUUAGGAUGCUCAGGGCUCUUGUGUAUUCCUUCAAGCAUGAGCGAUGGGCUGCUUAAUUUCAAGUCUUACAAGCUUGUUAUUCAGCUGCCAAAUCCUACUGCGCGUGAGCUUCAGCAAGACGGGGCCCAAGCUCGUUUUCCUCUUCGUCGCGCCUUGUGUGCCGCCAUGCUCCCACCCUUUCUGCAGUUGGGGCUGCUAAUGGGAUGGCUGCUGCAAGCUGUUAUGGCAACGAAUAGGCUGGGGAAGAAUGGUGAGCGAUACAGACCAUCGAAACCCAUGGGCUCCGGAAGAAGAGGCGAUGAAAGGGCACGCCAUCCUGAAGCGGUGCAAAGGCUGGUGCUAGACAUUCGUACCAAUGACAAUGCUGGCCGUUCCCGCAAGAGGAGCCGCCGAGGAAGACCUCGUUCGUCUUCAUCAAGCUCAAGCUCAUCUUCGCGCAAUAAAGCCAGAAAGGACAAACAAGAGAUUGCUCGGCUCAAAGCCAUGCUUGCGGAGAAAGAGGCUGAGGAGUGCAAACGUGAGGCCGACAAGAAACAUGCUGACGCGGAAGCUGCCAGGAGGAGAGAAUUGGAAGAGUUCAAGUCCACUGUCCUGUCACUUCUGCCAAAGCAGCCUCCAUUGCCGGCCAACGUCACAGAGGGUAUGCCAAAAGCUUCGUUCAGUGCAGAGAUUGCCCAGCGCGCAGGUUACUUUGUGCAUGAGGUGGCCGAUUUUGCUGGGUGUGAUUCUUGGGAGGACAUCGAGGCCCGUCUCAAAAACGUGUCGAAUCCAAAGCUGAAGGAGAUGCUGCAGGGGAAGGGCGUGACUGAUGUUCCCUCAUCGAAGCCCGCUGUGGUCAAAGCAGUCAUGCGAGUCCUGAAGAACGAGUUUUCCUCUGUUCAGUGA